CUUUCUCCCCGCGUGCUCUCUAUCUCUCCCCUCUUUCUCUCCCUCUGCCCGACGACUAGGCCGCCGCCGCCACGGCCCCGCCGCCGCCGCCGUGCCCAGGUCUUUGUCGGUCCUUGUCCGGCAACGAGCACCCUACAGAUGGCUGGGAGGCACACCAUUAUUCUGAUGCAGCCAUCUCAAAAUAGGGCUUCUAGAACAUUUAUGGAUUACAAUUCGAUUAAUCAUGCAUUGGAUGGAAUCUGUGGGCUUUAUGAAAGGAAAAUUAGGGAUAUCAACCCAAUGAUCCCAAACAUAACUUAUGACAUCAGCGACCUCUAUAACUUCAUUGAUGGCCUAGCCGACAUUAGUGCGCUGGUUUAUGAUCACUCGAUUCAGGCAUUCCUGCCAUAUGAUCGACAGUGGAUAAAGCAAAAGUUGUUUCAACACCUGAAGAAAUUGGCUCAGCGGUAGCACAACUGUUGUUUGUUCUUGAUGCCUUUUAUCCAACAAACAAGCAUGCGUGACAAUAGGUGUCCAAUCAGUGGUAUUGGGAGUUGUUUCUUGUAAACUUUGUAAUGUUACAUGACAGAUUUGCUCCCUUGUAUUCUGGAUGUUUGACUCGGAUUUCAUUGGUGGCUUGCUUGUGGUUGUGGUAUGCUAAACUUGUUUUGUUUCGCAGUGCUGGGAAUCAGAUAACCCUUUUGCCUGUUGUAAAAAA